CGACUUUUCUGUAAGCGCGCUCGUUGGUCAAACAUACUGAUAUGUACGGGAAUGAUUAUGGUGGUGGCUUUAUGGCUAAUAGUUCACCGCGAACAAGUAGCCAGAACAGUCCUGGAGGAGAACGCCGAGCUGCCAGUCAAUCCCUUCGACCUGUGACUAUAAAGCAGGUUUUGAAAGCGGACCAGGCGCACUCCGAUGCGGAACUUUACAUUGACAGAACAGAAGUCGCGCAAAUUACGGUUGUCGCCCAAGUUAUACUUGUCGCGAACCAGGCAACUAAUAAUGUGUAUCAUAUUGACGAUGGUACCGGUCGCAUCGAGGCCAGGGUAUGGACAGACGGGUCCGGAGAUGAGAAUCAAACAGACGAUCAUGACGGUGUCUCUCCUGGAUCAUAUGUCCGCGUAACGGGUGUUCUUAAACACUUCCAAAACAAGCGUUAUAUCAAUGCGUCGAAUAUUCGUCCCAUAAAAGAUGCGCACGAGCUGUACUUUCAUUUAGAGGAAGUCAUGUAUGUAACAUUGCAAUUACGCAAUGAUCAGUUAUCUAACUCAGACAAGGCGGAAGAUGCAAACGGAUCGUUUGCUGCAUCUACAACACUGGGAGGUGGCACGAGUGCAAAUUACUCAAAUUAUACAUCGCAUCCGACGGCAACGAAAAGCGAUCAGUAUCCCGGAUCCACACCCCUCCAGCGUCGCAUUACUCAAUUUAUUGCAACGAUAACAGCUGACGAAGGCGUUCAUGUCGCAAAAAUUGCCCGAGAGAUGAAAGUUGAUGCAGAGUUGGUCAGCGCGGCAUUAGAAGACCUUUUGAACGAUGGCCAUGUAUAUACUACAAUCAAUGAGUCCCAUGUCAAACUUGCUUAGUUCUGUUUCAUGCCCUUUACUGGAUUGUAGCAACGUCUUCCACGAAUCAAUG